AUUAAUCUACUAUGUUGAUAUAUCAUUCCCUGAUAAGAAGAUCUGGAACUAUAAAAUCUUUUUGGCUUUUAUUUAGUCUUGGGCAGACUAACGUCUUCUGUCUGUUGCUGUGUUCAUUAGAUAAGUGACAUCAGCGGAAAUGUCUGUUACAGCACUUUUGGCUUUAGCCUUUUUGGGCUUCGUAGCAGGCUCAGUACAGACCAGCAAGACCGAUGUUUUUCUACCUCACAAUUUGCUGGAGACACUGGCUAGCAGCAAGAGAAGCGAGACAUUCACCAAUAACUUUUACUUACCUCUUGUGUUAGGCAAAAAGAGAGAUAUUGUAUUCGACCCUUUAAACACUAAUCCCCUUAUCAUGAGUAAAAAGAAAGAUAUUGUAUUCGACCCAUUUAACACUAAUCCCCUUAUCAUGAGUAAAAAGAAAGAUAUUGUAUUCGACCCAUUUAACACUAAUCCCCUUAUCAUGAGUAAAAAGAAAGAUAUUGUAUUCGACCCAUUUAACACUAAUCCCCUUAUUAUGAGUAAAAAGAGAGAUAUUGUAUUCGACCCUUUUAACACUAAUCCCCUUAUCAUGAGUAAAAAGAGAGAUAUUGUAUUCGACCCAUUUAACACUAAUCCCCUUAUCAUGAGUAAAAAGAGAGAUAUUGUAUUCGACCCAUUUAACACUAAUCCCCUUAUUAUGAGUAAAAAGAGAGAUAUUGUAUUCGACCCAUUUAACACUAAUCCCCUUAUCAUGAGUAAAAAGAGAGAUAUUGUAUUUGACCCAUUUAACACUAAUCCCCUUAUCAUGAGUAAAAAGAGAGAUAUUGUAUUCGACCCAUUUAACACUAAUCCCCUUAUUAUGAGUAAAAAGAGAGAUAUUGUAUUCGAUCCUUUUAACACAAAUCCCCUUAUUAUGAGUAAAAAGAGAGAUAUUGUAUUCGAUCCUUUUAACACAAAUCCCCUUAUUAUGAGUAAAAAGAGAGAUAUUGUAUUCGAUCCUUUUAACACAAAUCCCCUUAUUAUGAGUAAAAAGAGAGAUGUUGUAUUUGAUCCUAAUAACACCAAUCCAUUUAUCAUAAGCAAAAAGAGAGAUGUUGUAUUUGAUCCAAAUAACACCAAUCCAUUUAUCAUAAGCAAAAAGAGAGAUGUUGUAUUUGAUCCAAAUAACACCAAUCCAUUUAUCGUAAGCAAAAAGAAAGAUUUUGUAUUUGAUCCAAAUAACACCAAUCCCCUUAUCAUGAGCUAAUAGUUUCAGUAAUGCUUUUCACGUGAGACUUUCAACUUUGCUUUAUUGUGACUCAGAAAAUUAUUCUUAUUGUCUUUGUACAUUCAUAGAGCUUCAUUAGAAUAAGAACUCGCAAUAAAAUUCCAAUAUAUUAAAUAGAGCAUAGUUUUGAUAUUAAACAAGUAAACACAACAUUUAUAUUUAGAUUAAAAAAAA